CUAAAGAUUCCAAGCAUUGAAAGUUUAAAUUUUGUGAUUAUUAAAAUUGCAACGUAAUCAACAUGGCUCUGCCAAUCGUGAUGUCAUCAAUUUAAGGGGAAUACCCGGCUGUAGUUUGACUUUUAAAUACAGGUAUAAAUAGCGUUGUGCAAUUACACGUUUGCUGCUUCGUGUUUUGCCUAAAAUACACGAAAACCACUAAUUCAAACGUCGAAGGAAUGCUGUAUUUGGUACCAGCAAUAUUGGUUUCAUUAUAUGCGGUUUUAUGCCCGUAUACUAAAGUAGAAGAGAGCUUUAACAUACAAGCCAUACACGAUGUUAUAUAUCACGGUCAUAACAUAACAAGCUAUGACCACCAUGAGUUCCCUGGUGUGGUUCCUCGUACUUUCAUUGGUCCAAUAUUCAUAUCAGCAAUCUCAUCGCCGUUUAUUUUCAUCUCUUCAUACUUCACAACCAGCAAACUUGUGUCACAAUACAUAGUUCGUAUGUGUCUGGGUCUCAUUGUUGCAUACGGGUUAAACAAACUCACCAAGGCUUUGAAACUAUAUUAUGAUUCAACCACAUCAAAGUGUUUCAUUGUCAUUGUUUGUUCACAAUUCCAUUUCUUGUUCUACUCAAGCCGACCACUGCCUAAUGUAUUUGCCCUGUGUUUAGUUUUACUAGCUCUAUCCUCUUGGCUAAGGAACAAGAAUAAAUCGUUUAUCUGGUUUUCUGCGGCUGGUAUCAUUAUUUUCAGGUUUGAGUUAUGCAUUCUACUUGGCACCUGCCUUGUGAUAUCCUUGAUAAAUGGAAAGAUUACAAUUAAGGAAAUAAUCUUAACAUGUGUACCUGCUGCUGUGGUAACUCUGGGUCUCACUGUGUUGGUUGAUUCUUACCUGUGGGGUCAUUGGGUUUGGCCAGAAGGUCAAGUCAUGUGGUAUAAUGUGGUUCUUAAUAAAAGUUCUAACUGGGGGACCUCACCCUUUCACUGGUAUUUUACUUCAGUUCUACCAAGAUCAAUAUUAACUUCUAUUUUACCAGUGCUGUAUGGGAUUUGGUUAAAACCUGGAAGAUCAUCUUCUCUUCUCAUCCCAAGCCUGGUUUUUAUUCUUGUUUUCUCUAAACUUCCCCACAAAGAACUUCGUUUCAUCAUUUAUACUUUCCCUAUGUUGAACGCUGUGGCUGCAUCAGCUCUUGCUCAUAUUUACAACAGAAGCACUUCAUCCAAACGUUUCUCAUUACUUGGUCUUGUCUCAUUAGCUUGCCUUGUUUUAAACCUCAUGUUUUCAAUCAUCCUUCUUUCUGCUUCACUUCAUAAUUAUCCUGGGGGUGAAAUACUUAAAGAACUUCAUGAAAAAAUACCAUGCUCACAAAGUCCACCAGUUCACCUUCAUAUUUGUAAUCUUGCUGCUCAAACGGGGGUUUCCCGCUUUGGAGAACAGUGCCCACACUGGAGGUACAACAAAACGGAGAACUUGAUGGUAACAGACUUGCUUCAUUCUCCCCAUAUAACGCACACCAUCAUGGAGUAUAACUCACAACUUCCAACCUUGUGGUAUGAUACUUACAAAAAGCUAACCACUGUAGAUAGCUAUGCAGGAUUUGGCCUAAUCAAAUUAAACCAGUAUUUUGGACCAGUGUUUCCAAGUUUUUUUAAUCUGCCAGUGUUGCCAAAUGUUAAAACUGCGCCAGCUUUAGUGUUGUGGCAACGCAUAGAUUUUGAAAACAAGGUUAAAUAAUAUAUUUUUUAUUUAAUUUUUGUGAGAAUUUUUGCACUAGAAAAAUAAAUAAAUACAAAAGUAUAAGCGGUAUAGUGAUAUAAAGAAAAAGUUCUUCUGCUGCACCAAAAUUAGAUGUUUGGUACAUUGCCAAAUUAAAACGCAUUUAAGUUGUCUAAACAAGAAGUGUCUUAUGUAGUAAGUCGGGGUAAGAUGGUCCAAGUUUUCAUUUUAUCGUCCCAUUUGGUAGUAAGCAAAGAAUAUUACAGAGUUAUAAAACCAUAUCCUAAGGAUUUUAAAAAAGCGAUGUCAGUUGUUAAAAAUAUGAUAUGAUAUAGCUGAUUGGAUAGUAUGUGCUAAUGGUAUCCAUCUUACCCCACAGUACCCUAUCCUGAAUAAAGCUGUAAACAGGUUUUGUUCACACCAAAAAAACUUGUUUAGUUUAUUAAUCGUUUUUUUCGCAAUUCCAGUAUCAUCUGCAUUCCAGGGUUAAUUAAUACAAAACAACUUCAAUAGAUUUUUAUACUUUGUAAGUCAACGAAUGUGAUUGUUGUUGUAUUCUGUUACUGUUAAAUGUUGUUUCUUCAUGUCUGGUUCGUAUUUUGUUGCCUAUUAUUAUACUACUUUGAUGUUCUUUGACUACCACCAACUCUGCCGCAUUCCCUGUACAAAAACAUAUACUUGUAAAGUUUGAA